UUUGGCCACAGCGCAGAGCAGAUGCACAAGCAGUUGUGGCAGGGUUUCUUUUCCUUUUGUGUGUUGAGCUUACAGCAGCUAUUGCAGCCUCUUUCAACCUUAUAAUACACAGAACGGGGAGAAGUGCAGAGAUGUUCCUGUCAUGCCUGAGAGGGGUCAUAAGUUAUUAAUGGCUUGGUCAUCACAGAGGAAACAAUCAUUUGGUGAAACUGUCAGCAGAAGAACUAUGUGCCGAUCUGGCACGUUCACCAGAACGAUGGCCUCGCAGGAGCAGGUCUGGCCAGUCCCAAUGAAGGCAAUUGGAGCACAAAACCUUUUGACAAUGCCUGGAGGAGUGACCAAAUCAGGGUAUCUUCAUAAAAAAGGAGGCACCCAGCUGCAGAUCUUGAAGUGGCCAUUGAGAUUUGUGAUUAUCCAUGAGGGAUGUAUUUACUAUUUUAAGAGCAGCACGUCUGCAUCGCCACAGGGUGCAUUUUCUUUGAAUGGUUACAACAGGGUUAUGCGGGCAGCUGAGGAGACAACAUCAAGCAACGUGUUUCCUUUCAAGUUAGUUCACAUUAGCAAGAAACACAGGACGUGGUUUUUUUCAGCGUCUUCUGAAGAUGAAAGAAAGAAUUGGAUGCUAUCCCUGAGGAGGGAAAUUGAUCACUACCAUGAGAAGAAAGAAACAAUGACAGAAUUCAGUGAUUCUGGUUCUGAUGCAGACAGUUUCUACGGCUCAGUAGAACGUCCCAUUGAUAUCAAGUAUUCUCAUCAUUCAGCAGAUAAUGAAGAUUAUGACCAGGAGGAAGAGGAUGAAUCUUACUUGCAGCCAGAUACUUCUGACAUACUGAAAGAUGAUAUGGUCCUGCCUCCAGCCUACCCGCCUCCACCAGUUCCUCAUGUCAGAAAAGUUUCCUAUGCUGAAUCAAGGGCGAAUUCCUUUGCUGGCAAAUCUACUGUGCCGGUACCACCACCACCUCCUAAAAGAAGCUUACCUGAUAUCAAACUAGAGGAUCACUUAAAUGUGAGAGAACCCCAGUUACCUAAUCUAAAGAUUCAAUCCCCGUGUCGGAGACCAAGUGAACAGCUGCCUCCUGUACCCCCUCUACCUCUUUUCAAAAAGCCUCUGUGUGUCAAAGAAUCAUGCUCGUUGCCUCCAGAGCCUCUGCCUCUAGCUCAAGUUCUUGCUACCCCAGAAGGAUGCGAGAAGCUGAAAACCUUAAACCUGUCACCACGAACUCCUCCUCCACUACCAAGCAGUAAACCCAAGCUGUCACAGCUUACUGAGAAACCAGUGGAGCCCAAAGUGCCAAGAGAACACGGUAAACCUGGACUGUUUGUGCCACCAGUGCUCCCAAAGCCACCUGUGCCAAGCCACCAGCCCCCUGGAGUCAAACCUAAACCAGAGAAGUCUUCGUGUCCCCAGUUACAAUCACCACCAGAUGGGCAGAGUUUUAGAAGCUUCUCAUUUGAAAAACCAGCACUACCCUCCAAGCCAAACCAACCUGAUGAUGAUUCUGAUGAUGACUAUGAAAAAAUUGGGCUGCCUGCUUCAGUGUUUCUUAAUACCUCUGAAUCCUUCGAAGUUGAAAGGACAUUUAAAGCCAGUAGUCCACGGGGACAACCACAAAAUGGAUUGUACUGUAUUAGGAACUCAUCUACUAAGCCUGGAAAGGUAUUGGUUGUAUGGGAUCAAUCUGCAGAAAAAGUGAGAAACUACAGAAUCUUUGAAAAGGAUUGCAAGUUUUACCUGGAUUCAGACAUCAUGUUUUUGAACAUGGGAAGUUUGGUGGAAUACUAUAGCACUCAUGUCUUACCUAGCCACGACAGCCUGAUUCUUCGGUGUCCGUACGGUUACUCUAAACCAAGGUGACAUGACUGGUGUAACUGACUGACACUUAGGACAAAUGGGUACCCUCCUGCCCUCCAAUUCAAUGUGGACUUCUGCCGCUCUUGGACAUCCCAGUGUUUGCACACAGAAACUGAGUUGGUUUCAACUGUUUAUUCUCACGUGAAUAUAUAGACUCCACUUAAUGAACUCUUGGUAAAACCUUACAAUCCAGAUCAGUGGAUUUCAUGGUCUUUUAUUUUAAAAAGAUCUGAACUGACUGUGCUGUGAAAGCUGUCCACGAUACCUACACUUUUGAUAAAACUGCUGCUAUUACUAAUCUCCUUGGAAGGUGGAAGGAAGAUGGACAUGAACAAAGAAGUGGUCUGAAUACAACCAACACAGAAAAGGGAAACUUCUGAAAUGAUAUCAGAGUUUACUUGUGACAGGGAAUACUAAUAUUCUGACUUGAAGGUAUUACUCCUUAGGUCAGUACUGGUGCUUAACUGAGAGUUUUUAUAUUACUUGUAUAAUUGACAUGUAAAUAAUGAAGACUUCUGUGCAAAUAAUUUGGUUUACUAUAGGUAAAGAUGAUCAGGAAAUGUGGCUUUUUUUAAGCCACCUCAUACAUAAAUGUAACUUCAGAUUCCAAUGUCUUGCCAACUGAUACGGUUGUGGAGUCCCACGUAUUACUUAAUGCCCUGUGCUUCAGAUAGGCAUGGGAUAACGUUGACUCGGCCUUCAUGGGAGCCCUGUUACUUAGUUCUGAACUGGAAGGGCAGGUGCCACUAGUAUUUUUAUUGGGUAUGAGAAAAGAGAAAGGUCUACUUAAUCUUAAGGGGGAAGAGAGGGAGUCUUCUGAAUACCCCAGGUUCUGACUAGCGGUUUUCUCUCACUUUGCCAUCAUGAAAGGUACUUUAAAACAGAGCACAGAAAAAAGCCUCAAUCCACGAGUGUGAUGCCACUAUCGCUCCGUAAUUCUUUGUGGUCAGUCUCUUAGGAUCAGGUUGUCAGCCCGUUGCAUUCUGUUCUGUUCUAGGGCAAAACAUAGUGCCUUAGGCUACUUUUUGUAGUUCAACAAGAGUUUUUCCAUUAUUAAAAUCACUACACAGCUUGUAGUUGCAUACAAAAUAAAACCUGGUUUUAACAUGCUAUCAGCACUGUCAGACUAUCAGUGAUAAGUGUUAGCAGGGUGCUUGUAAUAUUUGUUCCCUAAUAUUUUGGGGACAGGUAUCCUAAAACCAAGGGCUUGAUAUUUAUGCCGAAAUUAUCCUGUUCCUAAAUUUUAAUGAAGAGGAUAAAUUUAUUUUAAUGACCUGUUAAGUAACUAUUGAUUCAAAAGUACUGCUAUAAUGGUCUCAUAUCUCUAAUAAUGUUUACAAGACUUGUAAAAAUAAUUUAAAAAAAAAAAUGCUGCCACUCCUGAAACAGGAGAAGGUAGUUUCUAUCAGUCUUAAUCUGUAUCUAUAAACUUCAUUUUUUUUUCUGUUACUUUUUCAAAGUUUAUACAUCAGUUUUAAUCUUGUUACAGUUAGAUGAUCACACCUUUAAAAACAUAAACAAAAAUGUUACAGAAUAAGAAUUUUCUGUUUAUGAAAACAGUAAACCACGAUUUAAUCCCUAAGGGAUUAGAGAUGCAAUAUUAGGGCCAUACAUAGGAAUAGAGGCAAGAAACUGCCUGUCUUUCCCAAGAGACAGACAUACACAGUAUCAGUCUUUUGAUCUCUGUUCCCACUGUAAUUGGCUUUAUGUGCACAAAGUAAAGAACAUGCUGUACUUAAAUGUCAGAUUCUGUUGAAUAUUGGAUAUUUAAAGUUUCUAAUUGCUUUUAUUUUAAAUGAUUACCCCUGUGGUUCACUACUCUGAUAUGAUCCACUCUGUAAAGAAGGCUCAGCCAACAAAACAUUAAAAAAAAUACUUUUGGCGUAGAGCGAUAUGUGUAUCAGAGCAAGCUCUACUUUCUUGCAGUAUUUACACAUACUCUUUACAGAGUAAAUAUUUCUCUGUCUGGGAAUAAUUGACUUCAUUGUGUCGUGACAGUCAUAGAAUAUGCUAUCUUUUGGGGUCCUAUCCAGAUAUUUAAAUUUUUUUUGCAAUCGUAUAUCUUAAGUAUUUUUACAGUUUAAAAAUCUUAUGUAAUCCAAUACAUAUAAAACAUAACACUGUCUUUACCUGUGUAAUACAAGAUUUGCAAAUAUGUAAAUUUUCAUAUUAAUUUCCUUUUUUAUAUAAAUGUAUAUAUUUCUAAAUUGGAUAAACUUUCAAUGCCAGUCAACCUAAUUCCGUGCAGUCAUCUUUAACUUUAUGGGUGUGUGUUUUCAUGCUUUUGUUUGCAGUUGUGUUAAAUAGUGCUUGAUUCUUCUAACUGUGAAGUUAGAAGAAUUAGUUUUCAGCCCUCUUAAGAAGCAAAUCUUUAUGUAAGCAACCCUAUUAGCAACUUGACAUUCUGGUCAUCAGUGUGGCUGGGGGCAGA